AUGCAUUACAUAGCGAAGGGCCGUUUGAUGUUAGGGCCUGUCUCUUUUGUGGCCGGGGCUUGCGAAAUCCAAGCUCUCAUGCGGGAAGAAGACGAACACGAGAUUGAAGAGAUGCACGCAAAGAGGUCAGCCUUUGCAUGCAACAUCGCAUAUGACAGAUACGUUCGACUGGUACGUCGCGAUAGCAUUUCGAUAUCGAGGUAA